AUGUUGGCGCUGGGCGUGGAGGGGUCGGCGAACAAGCUGGGCGUGGGCGUGGUGCGCAGCGACGGGAGCAUUCUGAGCAACCCGCGCUGCACGUACAUCACGCCGCCCGGCCACGGCUUCCUCCCGCGCGAGACGGCGGCGCACCACCAGCAGAAAAUUCUGCCGCUCGUGGAGCGCGCGCUGCGCGAGGUGCGUGCGGCGGGGCUGGCGGGCAUAACCCCGGGGGACAUAGACUGCCUGUGCUACACCAAGGGGCCGGGCAUGGGCGCCCCUCUGCAGGCCGUUGCCAUCGUCAUCCGCACGCUCGCCCAGCUGUGGCGUAAGCCCAUAGUGCCGGUGAAUCACUGUGUGGCGCACAUAGAGAUGGGGCGCUGCGUGACUGGCGCCCAUGACCCCGUGGUGCUCUACGUCAGCGGAGGCAACACGCAGGUGAUAGCAUACUCAGAGGGGCGCUACCGCAUAUUCGGGGAGACCAUUGACAUCGCCGUGGGCAACUGCCUGGACCGCUUCGCCCGCGUGCUCAACAUCUCCAAUGACCCCAGCCCCGGCUACAACAUCGAGCAGAUGGCGAAGCAAGGGCAGCGCUACGUGGAGCUGCCGUACGUGGUGAAGGGCAUGGACGUGUCAUUCUCGGGCCUCCUCACGGCAGUUGAGGGCCUGGCACAGCGCGUUGCUGCACCGGAUGCCGUGGGGGAGGAUGGCUACACCGCAGCUGACCUCUGUUUCUCCCUGCAGGAAACUAUCUUUGCAAUGCUGGUGGAGACAACCGAGCGGGCCAUGGCACACUGCAACAAGCGAGACGUGCUUAUAGUGGGGGGCGUGGGCUGCAACAUUCGCCUGCAGGAGAUGAUGCAGCAGAUGUGCUUAGAGCGAGGGGGACGGCUCUUUGCCACAGACGACCGGUACUGCAUUGACAACGGCGCCAUGAUCGCUUACACUGGGCUGCUGGCCUUUCAACAUGGCGGGCUCAGCAUGACUGUUCCUGUAGCAGAGUCUACUUGCACUCAGCGGUUUAGAACCGAUGAGGUGGAGGCGGUGUGGAGGGAAGGGGAGGGGAGAAGGGCAGAGGGGGUGGAGGAGGGGUUGGAGGGAGGAAGAGGAGUUGUGGGAGUGGAGGUUGCAGCACGGGAUGGAGAGCGGAAGCAUGGGGCUGAGAAUGGAGAUGCGGUUGGAAUUGGUGGGAAGGGGUGUGCAGGUGAGCAGGAGGGGUUGGGAGUGGUGGAUCAUGUGGCAGGGCAUUUAGAAAAGAAGCUCAAGGCUGGUGGGGAGGAGAGAAGGCAAGAGAGGGAAGAGAAGGCAGCAAAAGAGGAGCCCUCUCUUAUGCUGUUAGUGCCGCUGCUGACUGCAGAGGAGGAAAAGUCACCGUGCGCAGAGGAGGAGGAGGAGGGGGUGGAGAUGGAGCUAUCCGAGGAGAGAAACGAUUGCUCCCCAUUACCUCUUCCCGCCUCCCCGUUUCCCCUUCCCGCCUCCCCAAUUCCCCUUCCCGACACCCCAUUUCCUCUUCCCGCUCCCCAUUACCCCUUCGCGCCUCCUCGUUUCCCCUUCCCGCUCCCCAUUACCCCUUCCUGCCUCUGCAAUUCCCCUUCCCGCCACCCCAUUUCCUCUUCUCGCUCCCCAUUAUCCCUUCCCGCCUCCUCGUUUCCCCUUCCCGCUCCCCAUUACCCUUUCCCGCCUCCCCAAUUCCCCUUCCCGCUCCCCAUUACCCCUUCCCGCCUCCCCAAUUCCCCUUCCCGCUCCCCAUUACCCCUUCUCGCCUCCCCAAUUCCCCUUCCCGCUCCCCAUUACCCCUUCCCUCCUCCCCGUGACCCCUUCCCGCUUCCCCAUUACCCCUUCCCACUCCCCAUUUCCCCUUCCCGCCUCCCCAAUUCCCCUUCCCGCCUCCCCGCUUCCCCUUCCCACUCCCGAUUAUCCCUUCUCGCCUCCCUUCUCAAACUGCCGAACACACAUCACAGUCGCCGCCCGAUCGCACAGCCUCGCUACCACCCCCUCAUCCCCCCCUUUCUCCCUCUCAUCUCCCCCCCUGCUCCCUGUCAUGUCCCCACCUUCUCUCUCUCAUGUCACCCCCUUCUCCCGCUCAUUCCCCCCCAUUCUCCCUCUCAUUUCUUCCCCUUCCCCCUCUUAUAUCUCCCCCUACUCCCUCUCAUUCCCCCCAUGAAGCCCCUCAUUCCCCCCCUUUCUCCCUCUCAUCCUCCCCCCUGCUCACUGUUAUGUCCCCCCUUCUCUCGCUCAUUUAAAUGCCACAUAACCUCCCUCUCAUUUCCCCGCAUUCCCCCCCCCUUCCCCCUCUCGUUUCCCCCCAUCUCCCUCUCCUUUCCCCACGUGCUCCUUCUCAUUCCCCCCCCCUUCUCCAUCUCGUUUCCCCCCCGCUCAUUUCCCCCCAUCUCCUUUCAUUUUCCCCCCUUCUCCCUCUCAUAUGCUUCUAACCCCUACCCCAAGCCCGUCCCUCAUUCUGCCAUACCUUGCCAUACUCUGCCAUACCUUUCCUUCCCUAGCGUAAGUGUACCAUUCCCUUCCAUACCCCAGCCAUACCCAUCCAUCCCCUGUCAUACCCUUCCAUUCCCUUCCAUACCCUUCCAUACCUUCCAUUCCCUUCCAUACCCUUCCAUUCCCUUCCAUACCCUUCCAUUCCCUUCCAUACCCUUCCAUUCCCUUCCAUACCCUUCCAUUCCCUUCCAUACACUUCCAUUCCCUUCCAUACCCCGCCAUUCCCUUCCAUCCCCUGCCAUUCCCUGCCAUACCCUGUCAUUCUCUUCCAUACCCUUCCAUUCCCUUCCAUUCCCUACCCUUCCAUACCCUUCCAUUCCCUUCCAUACCCUUCCAUUCCCUUCCAUACCCUUCCAUUCCCUUCCAUACCCUUCCAUUCCCUUCCAUACCCUUCCAUACCCCAGCCAUACCCAUCCAUCCCCUGUCAUACCCUUCCAUUCCCUUCCAUACCCUUCCAUUCCCUUCCAUACCCUUCCAUACCCUUCCAUUCCCUUCCAUACCUACCAUUCCCUUCCAUACCCCAGCCAUACACUUCCAUACCCUUCCAUUCCCUUCCAUACACUUCCAUUCCCUUCCAUACACUUCCAUUCCCUGCCAUUCCCUUCCAUUCCCUGCAUUCGUGCACAGGCAUAUGACUAG